AUGAACUUGGGGAUGCCAUUAGCAGUGGUCCUGAUCUACAUCGGUCAGGUGGGCUACCCAGACUCCAAGAUGUGGCACUCCAGCAGCUGGAUGCCCAACACACCCCACGGCAUCACGCUCUACGUCUUCAAGUGGCUGGGCGUGAUCUUCCUGACCAUCGGUGUCUUGAAGGCCACGCAGCUCCACACCAAGAUCAUGAAGAAGUGGAGAAACCUCCGAGGACAAAAUAGGGCCGCUCCGGUCACCGAGACGGCCUAA